UGGUAAACAGCUCCAAUUGUCCAAUGGAGCUAAUGCAGCUUCUCUAAUUGUACAUUAAUGCAUCAUCAUUGUACUUCCGACAAUAAAUUGCUCAUCUUCUACAUGCUCACCUGUUCCGCGGAAAUCUACAUCCGCCUGAGAUUCUCCAUUACGGAUCUUAUCAAUAGGCAUUUUGUCUGAAACGUAGAAUUAGAGAGAGAAGGGGUAGCCGUCAAUGGCAGCGAUGACGCGGGCAAGUUCUGGCCUUGCGUACCCGGACAGGUUCUAUGCGGCGGCAGCUUACGUAGGUUUUGAUGGAUCAGCUGGUUCUGGUAGAGCCGUCACCUCCAUGUUCUCAAACGACGCCUCUCUCUUGCUCUACGCACUCUAUCAGCAGGCUACCAUCGGGCCUUGUAAUAUUCCUAAGCCUAGAGCCUGGAGUCCAGUGGAGCAAAGCAAAUGGACAAGCUGGAAUGGGCUUGGGAAUAUGGCUACUGCAGAAGCAAUGCGUCUGUUUGUGAAAAUAUUGGAGGAGGAAGAGCCAGGGUGGUACUCCAGGGCAUCCAAUUUUGCUUCAGAAGCAGUUGAAGCUGUAAAAAUGAACCACAAUCCAAAUAUUGAACAAGUUGAUGAAAAUGGAAAUAUUCUCCCUGAGAUUAAAGCGAUUCCUGUUGAAAAUGGCAACUUGCUAGACACUCAGGACAAAAAUGUCGUGUCAGAAGGCUCAGGUGCAGUUAGUGUGUAUGAUCAAUGGGUUGUACCUCAGGUAUCUGGUUCACGCCCAAAACCAAGAUAUGAGCAUGGAGCAGCUGUCAUUGAUGAUAAGAUGUAUAUAUUUGGUGGUAACCAUAAUGGGCGUUACCUUAGUGAUCUCCAGGCUCUUGAUUUGAAAAGUUGGACAUGGUCAAGAAUUGAUGUUAAAGCACCAAGCGAGGCUCCUUCUCCAUUACGUCCUUGUGCAGGUCACUCCCUGAUUCCUUGGGAGGGAAAUAAGCUGCUUUCAGUUGGUGGGCAUACAAAGGAUCACUCUGAAACUUUGCAAGUUAAGGUGUUUGAUUUGCAAUCACAUGCUUGGUCAACUUUGAAGACAUAUGGAAAGCCACCGGUUUCUCGUGGGGGUCAUUCAGUCACUGUUGCAGGAACAACAUUAGUCAUAUUUGGAGGACAAGAUGCAAACAGAUCUCUUUUGAAUGACCUGCACAUUUUGGAUCUAGAAACCAUGACCUGGGAUGAAAUGGAUACUUUGGGUGUCUCUCCUUCUCCAAGAUCUGAUCACGCUGCUGCAGUACAUGCUGAGCGUUACCUUCUUAUUUUUGGUGGGGGCUCACAUGCCACGUGCUUUAAUGACCUACAUGUGCUUGAUUUGCAAACGAUGGAGUGGUCAAGACCCACUCAACAAGGUGAAAUACCUAGUCCCCGGGCUGGUCAUGCUGGUGUAGCGGUUGGAGAGAAUUGGUUUAUUGUUGGGGGUGGCAACAACAGAAGUGGGGUUUCUGAAACAGUUGUGCUUAACAUGUCUACAUUAGUUUGGUCUGUUGUGACUAAUGUUCAAGGACGUGUUCCUCUGGCUAGCGAGGGGUCAAGUCUGACUUUGAGUUCUUGUAAUGGUGAAGAUGUUAUUGUUUCUUUUGGUGGAUACAAUGGCCGGUAUAGUAAUGAGGUCAAUGUACUCAAACCGAGCCACAAAUCGACCUUGCAAUCAAAGAUGGAGACUCCAGUGCCGGAUAGUGUUUCUGCUGUGCAGAAUGCAACAAAUGCAACCAGAGAUAUAGAGUCUGAAUUUGAAACUGGCCAAGAAGGAAAAAUCAGGGAGAUUGUGAUAGAUAACAUUGAUUCACAGCCAAUGGUGAAAAAGGUUGGGGAGGUUAACGAACACGUUUUAUCAGCCCUCAAGCUAGAGAAGGAAGAACUAGAGUCUUCUCUCAACAAAGAAAAAAUGCAAACUCUUCAGUUGAAGCAAGAGUUGGCAGAUGCAGAGACUCGUCACACGGACCUCUACAAGGAACUCCAAUCUGUGCGUGGUCAACUUGCAUCUGAACAGUCAAGAUGUUUUAAACUCGAGGUUGAUGUUGCGGAGCUACGACAAAAGCUUCACACAAUGGAAACCUUACAAAAGGAACUUGAACUCCUCCAGAGACAAAAAGCGGCUGCUUCAGAGCAAGCUGCCUUAAGUGCUAAGCAAAGGCAAAGAUCUGGCGGUGUUUGGGGCUGGCUUGCUGGAACACCUCAUGAUCAAAAAUCCGAAGAUGAUUGAAUGGAUAACUUGGACAGAUAGUAAUACUGAGUUUUUAUAUGUAGAAAAGUGUUUCUAAUAAUUUAUUAAAAUCUGGAAUUGUUUACAGAAAAAGAAUAAUAAAAUGCAAUUUGAACUUCUAUAGAAAAACAGAAAAGAUAUCGUGAACAAUGAUGAUUGAUGAGUGGAUCUUAGUUCUACAAUUUUUUUGUUAGCAGCGUGGAGACGGAUCCAAACCUCAGGAAAAACUUUGUUGGUAAAAUAUUGGUUUAUUGUAAAUUUUUUAAGUGUACAUGUUUAAAUUUUUCAUAUUUAACAUUUUAACUCAUCCUCUACUAUUUGAGCCUAGUAUAAUUACUCUUGAGCCCAAUUCAAUCCGAAUUUCUGGAUUCGCC